AUGGUUGAAUUUUUCUACUUGACCUUUACGCAGAUGAUCAUUCGUUACAACGAAAAAACCGUCCCCGUCGUAAACCAAAUAUCCUGCUAUGAACUUCCUCCAACGCCAGGAACUCCGCAAUCCAUCCCACCCCCAAGAUCGACUCGAUCCACAAUUAAACGAUUAUACAACUCGCCCCUCGAAGAAGAGUUGGACCUUAUUGGGAAAAGUUAUCCCGCAUGCUCAUCCAGUCCUAGACCUGAUGGACUGCAGACGCCUCAACAUUUUAUGACCCAGGAAAGCCCAAACAAAUUUCUUGAUUUGGAUACCCCCGAGAAGAAUAAGAUAGCCUUUUCUCUCCAAGAGACAGCACCACUCUCAUUCGACUGCGUCCUGGACCCGGUCCCUCCUCUCAAUGACUAUUCCUUUUCCGGUUUAAUGGAACAAAUGUUGGACGAAGACUUAAGUACACCACAACACUCUCCACUUUCACCACCAUACUCGAACGAAACAACAAACCCGUACACACCAUUUACCGACUCGGAAGCUCCCAAUACGCCACCAAACCAAGUACUAGACGACGAUCAUGGCAGAGAUUCUAAAACAUUGUCAUCCAGGAAAAGAAAAGGUCACGCUCAUUCGGGCGAUGGGGUUGUUCCUGACUCGAAGAGGUGUUCACUUCGGGGAGAAAAACGGGGUAAGGAGUCUCCAACCGGAAGCACUAAUAGUAACAGUAGUAACAGCAACAACAUGGACGACUCGAUGGCUGUAGUUCCUUAUAAAAGUAGAAGAAAGACACCGGUCAAGGAAAUGAGAAUGUUUCCUAGAGUAGAGUUCCCUCCGACACCUGAGGCAUGUGAAUGGCACAAAAUGAGGGAUGGUUGCGUCAAAGAAUUGAGGCUCAUUAACUUUAUGUGUCAUAAAAACAAACAUUGGAGAUUUGGACCUCAUCUAAACAUCAUAACAGGAGAAAAUGGUUCCGGUAAAACUGCGAUACAAACGGCGAUUAUGUUGGUAUGUGGUGCCAAAGCGUCCACAACAGGGAGGGCCGACUCAUUACAAAUGGUUAUUCAACGCGGUGAAAGUUAUACCAUGAUCGAGCUGGUUCUCUCGAAUCACAACGGAACUCACAGUAAACGACGUUACGGUGAAGAAAUUAGACUGAGAAAACAAUUUACAAAAAGUUCAAGCACGACUAAAGUCCAAUUAAAGGACGGAACUUGGAAUACGUUAAAAAAGGCUGCAUUAGAUUCACUUCUUAGACCCCUUCAAGUCCACCUUAAUAACCCUGUACAAAUCUUGACACAAAAGGUUGCAACUAACUUUCUCAAUACACAAGAAGCGUCCGCACUGUACAAAAGCUUUAAAGACAUUACACAAAUCUCUUCCGCCGAAGAAUUUCUUCAGUCUUCGCAAAACAAUAUAACUGUUUCUAAAUCGACGCUAUCCAUUAAAAUUGUUGAAUACGAAGACCGUAAACGUAAAGCUGAAGAAGCUGAAGCACAAUUUCGUAAAAUUCUUGAAAUGGAAAAGUACAAAGGUUUAUGCGCACAUCUUCGAAGGGAAAAAUGUUCCGCUGAGAUCAACCAGAUUGAAGCUGUCGUUACAACUUUCGAGUCUCAGGUUUCCCAAAUUGAUACCAAAAUUUCUGGAAUUGAAGGAGAGAAAAAACAAACCGAAGAAAAUAAAGCUAACAUGGUCUCAUCUCAUGAAAAGGAAAAAUCUAUAGUCUCUGAACUACGUAAAGAGGCAGCCACUAUUGAAGCACAAUACGAACAAGCACAUCUUGCUCUCAGGGAAGUUAGCAAACUGAAUCAGGGCAUUGGGAAGCAGAUCAAACUAUUAAAUGACAAUAAAACCAAAUUGAAGGAAGAAUUGAAAGAGCUUGAGCGACAAAGAAGGGAUUCCCUGUCUGUGAAGGCAAAUGAUGAUGAACGAAUCAAGAGAGAAACCGAAGAUGAAAUGGAACGGUAUAAUGUGACAAUCGCUGAAGCUAGUCGUCAAUUGGAGAUCCUACGAGCAGAAAAGCAUGAGUUGGAAACACAACAGACCAAUUUUAAGGAGAAAGAAGAUCAAGCUCAUGCCCUUUUUCAAGAUGCCCAAACAAAGCUUAAGGAUAAAGUCCGCGGCCUUAAAAAUAUUCAAGACGCAGAAAUAACAAAAUACGAUAAAUUUGGAAGCAGAGUGAAAACUUUAGUCAAACGAAUUGGUGAAACUAGGUGGAAAGGUCGGCCCCCGGUUGGUCCUCUGGGCGCUUGGUUUACGGUGAAAAAAGAACAUGAAACUUACGCUCCCGUGAUUGAGGAGACGUUGGGCAGAACUCUGAGAACAUUUGCCACAGAUCAUCCUGAUGACGUCAAUCCUUUGAGACAUCUCAUUCAAGAGGUGUAUAGAAAUAGUAACGAGGGAAAGCCGGGCAUUACUUCGGUCGUUAGCAGUAAUAGGAAUGGGGAGUGGUGGGAAAAAGGGAAAGCAGUAAUACCUGGUUACCCCACAAUCCUUGAUGUAUUGGAUAUUCAACAUUCUAAAGUUUUAGAGUCUCUCAUUGACAAGGAACAAAUUGAGAGAAUUGUUCUUUUCAAGACAGAGCAGGAAGCUUGUCACAUCUUUAAAGAUGCCAAGCGGGUCCCUCGCACCUGCGUUUACGGAGUGAGCAAAGAUUGUUUCAAAUUUACUCCAAGCCCAAAUUACAAAGUUCAGCCUCUCCAACAACGAAAAAAAUCACAUUUUCUACAAACCACAAAAUUUGAAAAUGCGAGGGAAGAAUUAGAGAACGAGAUUGACUGUUUAAAGGCCGAAGUAGCUGAAAUUAACGAUAUGUGGCAACAAUCCAAGAAAAUUACAACAGGAUUCGUUCGUCAACUUAAAGACGUUGAAGCAAAAAUUAAAAUGAAAAGUGAUGAACUCAAUCGGGCCAAGUCCCUUCACCGAGCAUGCAAACAAAUAUUGGAGGAUUUAAUAAAAUCUAAAGUUCCGGAUAUGGCGUCUCAGAAUGAUUUUAUCGAGGAACAAAAACUUCAAUUGGAGUCAACCCUGUCACAACGCGAAGAAGAACUCGCCCUACAAGUUGCUGCGAAAGAGGACUGUGACACCAAACUUCAUGAAAGAGACCAAGAAUCGAGAACACUAAAAAGUCAGUUGGACGAAGUAAGGACACGGAUCCAAGCUUGUGAUGACGAAAAGGGAAUUUUUCAAAAGCAGUGUGACAAAGUGGACAAGAAAAUCCGCGAGUGUGACAACACCCUCAAAACUUUGAACAACGAGAGGAAAAAGCUUCAAAAGGAACUCACAGGAAAGAAGAAGGAAUUGGAGAAAAAGAUUAGCGAAGAUCUAAAGAAAGGUGAACGUAUACCAACCAAUAGAUCUCCGGAGGACAUUCAAUCAGAUUUGGAAGGACGGGAAAAUUUUUAUAAACAAAAUCUACAUACAAUCAAAAUGAAGGAAGGGGUCCGUCGCACGGCGAAAAAAUGGAAAAAAUCUGCCACCGAAAUUCAUGUUCAGAUUGAAUUUGUAAGCCAGAUUUUAGGGCUGGUCGAACCAUUGACAAAUGUACAACGACAACACUUGGAACGUACAAAGAAAGCACAUCUCACCAAUUUCCAGACCUAUUACCAAAUAUUUAUUCAACUAAGGGGAUACACGGGGAAAGCACUGUUCGAUAUUGCAGACGAAAAACUAUUUUACUAUGUCAGUGUCGAUAAAAAGAGUGAAGUCAAGGCGCAAGCAUACGUGACAAAGAAUCAAGUUUCCGGUAAAGUCGUUGUUGAUUGGAAAGGACUCAAAGAGUUUACAAUGCAAUUGAGCGGUGGUGAACGUUCAUUUUCAACUAUGGCUUACAUUUCUGCCCUAAGACAAAUCAUGCCAACGCCUUUCUUCAUGCUGGACGAGUUUGAAGUUUUUAUGGAUGGUGGAAAUAAAAGAGUCAGCAUGGGAAUCUUGGUGGAACAGGCACACUCCCUUUUCGACGCCCAAUUCUUUGUCUUCACACCACACGAACCAGACGAAUUGCCACAAGAUGAUCCAUUCAUUAAAUAUUUCAAAUUGGAGCAUAGUGGAAGAAAUCCCAUGAUAACCUCAGCCGUUGCCGCAAGUCGUGUCAGUAGUGCUUUUGGGCACGAUCAAGAAUCACCUCCAAGUAAACGAAGGAAGGUUUAGAUUACAAAUUUUGGUAGAUAUUUUUUAGAAAUUUAAUAAUUUGCUUACUAGAAAGCAGACAAACAACUCACCGUAUUUUGUUAUAUUUUUAGUUAAGUUAUUCUAUUGUGCAAAUUACUACCUCUCAGAUAUAACACAACCAUACCAAAGUUUUUUUUAUGCAUAUGUUGUCUUUUUGAAUGAGAGCGCGUCGAUUAGUGGCAAAAUUCGUAUAUGAAAUGAUAUUAUUACUAGUUAAUUAACUAUUAUUAUUAAUUCAUUAUUCACUUGCA